ACGCGCUCUUCAGCAGCUCGAGCGCCGCUGUGUUUAGAGGGAAAACACCGCAGGCCUGGACAAACUCCAGAAAUUAAAGAAAAAGGGAAGGAAAAAAAGAGAGAGAGAAUCAGAAAUUGAUUGCAGUCGCUGUUUGGGUGCUGAUGGAAGCAGGGAUGGCAGAGAGAGCGGGUUUUUGGCGCCUGGUUAGUGCUCUGAUCCGGCACACAAAGUGGACUUGUGCGGGGCUUUAAAGUUUUGUGGAUGUUGAGUAUGCAAAAGGACUACCCACCAUCUCAAGAGAAGUCAUAUGACAGAGUUGGAUCUCUGGUAUUCUGAAUUCAAUUGACUAUCUUACAUAUGUAUACAUAUGUUUUAUACCUAAUCAUAAAACUCAUCAUAACCAUGCUGUACAAAAAAUGGCUUCUCCUAGAUGUCCAAGCACAAACAUCCUAAAAACUGCUCGUACAUAUGAAACAAUGUUCCAUGGAAAGGAGCAGCUAAACAGCCACCUACAGACCCAUGACUCCAACAAGCAAGAACUGCGGUGUGAAGAGUGUGGCAAACACUACAACACUCGGCUGGGUCUGAGACGCCACGUGGCUACCCACGCCACCUCUGUGACCGGAGAUCUUACCUGCAAGGUUUGCCGUCAGGUUUUUGAAAGCAUGCCGACUCUUCUCGAGCACCUGAGCACCCAUACCGGCCGACCUCCACCAGGCGGAGCUGUGCGGGAGCGAAAGCACCAGUGUGAACGCUGCGGCCGGCGCUUCUUCACCCGAAAGGAUGUGAGGCGUCACGCCGUGGUGCACACAGGCAGAAGGGACUUUCUGUGCCCUCGCUGUGCUCAACGCUUCGGCCGACGUGACCACCUUACCCGCCACCUGAAGAAGAGUCAUGCCCAGGAGCUGGACGUCCUCACGUCUGCACCCCCCAGUGUGGUGAAGGAAGAACCAAGUCUGACCAUGUGCACCUCGGGAUCCCCUAAGGAUGCCUCGGAAGCCUUUUCGAUGGCUAUGUUCAAUCCUCAAGGUCUGCAGAGUGCCUCUACCUCUGGGGUCAGUCACCAUCAUUCUGUGGUGCCUGGGUCCCUGUCCAGCCCCAUGGGUGUAGGCUGCUAUUUUGAGCCAAGCAAGCACCAGCCCCAACAGUACCACGAGGCUCAGCGAUACCAGCCUGCCUCCGCUACCUCAUUUCUGAAAGCUGAGAUGGAGAACUUCCUGAAUGAGCUCCAGUGUGGCCCGAUGCCACCUCAGGCUACAGUCGCAACCUCUGCGUCCAGACCGAGCGACCUUCUUCCUGAUAGCCUGGGAGGUCAGAGUGCCCACUUCACCCUCAGGAACUCCUUUGCCACCGCCGAGCCUUCACCCACCGCUGCUAACGUGGACCUCUCGCCACUGCUGGGCUUCCUGCCGUUUGGCCUGCCACCGUACAGUGCCCCUUUGAGUUCAGGAGGCCUUGUGAUGGGAUACUCUACCACUACCACAGAUUGCUCGCCGACUUCUACCUCUCAGCUCUCUGGGCCACUCACCUCGUUUCAGCCGCAGCCGCUGCAUGAGCCUCAGGCCUUGGGACAUUUAAAUCAGCCUCCUGGUUUCUCUCCUACUCUACCUCGAUUCCAUCAGGCCUUCCAACAGUGAUGUUCCUUUUUAAACUGAGUGACAGGUAUUCUUGCCAAAUGGCAUACACAUAAAGCGAAGCACUCAGUGGACUUGUUCAAUUGAAGGCUCUUACUUUACAGUUACUGCUCGAUAAAUUCUGUAGAAUAAGAUGAUUUGUGAGAAUUUUGGCUUGAAUAGAGAUUGUUUUAGAAUAGAUUUGACUUAAGUUUUUUUUUUUCUUAGUAGGUCUUCCCUUUAUUUGAUUGUAGUGAUUUAUGGUGUUAUUUAGAUUCAUUUAGUAUUGAGAAGUCCGCAUUGAACUAAACUGAGGAAAUACGAUGCUGUGCAAAAGUCCAGAAAAAGACCACCAUUUAUUCAGAUUCCGGUCAAAAUGGCAAUUUAAUGAAACAAAAGCCGUGAAAAAGUAUGUGAAUUUAUGUGUGCAUGGAUGUAUUCCCGCUUAACACCCAGUGUUCCCGGGAUAGGCUCCACUGCAAUCCACACCCGGAUAAAGCAGAAGAUAAAGAAAUGACUGAAACACAAGCCAACACAACUAAGCUCUCUAAAAUGUAUCUAUAAUCUAUAAUUCGUAUGCCUUCUUAAGUUAUCCCUCUGGGAGAAACUCUAAAAAACAGUUUCAAAAAGGUUUCAGGUAAAAAAAAAAAAAUUAAGGACCCAUAAUGUUUGUGAAGAACCCUUGAAAAAUGUUUACUUUGUAAGCUCUUUACUUUGCUGAGUUUUCCAUAUUUCCAACAAGAUGUAACUGCGAUCUCUCAACAAAAGGUGUUCCUAAAAGUGUCACUGCCAUUACAUUAAGACUUACCCUUCAAAAGUGAUACUUGGGCUCAAUCAAGCAUCUCAGUUGUGUGCGUCUAAAAUGGCUAUAGGAGAUAUUUUUGAGAAGGAUACUUACCUUGUAUAUGGAAGUGGAAAGUCAGAGGAAAUUAUGUGGUGAAACACAGGGAAUUUCCAAAGCUGGAUGUUUAGAGAAAUGGAACCUUAUCAGUGGUAACUAACCAGAACUCUAGAUGUAGAGAUCACGCUGAGAUGGACGGUACUUAGAGAUGGCCCAAAAAAAAAAAAAAUCAAGCUCCACUCUUGUUUCAAAUAUGAAUAAAUCCACAGGUUUUGUCAAUUAACUCA